CCGCCAAAGAAGUCUGUCACUACCUGAAGAAACUGGUUUACACCCGGCAGCUGUCAAACUCUCUUCCUAAGAGCCACUUUAUGUUCAAGAAUGAAACAGAAACGGUGGCAGAACCUCCGUCGAACAAGGUUUUGUCUCAAAAAGCACGGGUAUGUUACAGAUUAAAUUUAUAUCUUCCAUCUCUCCUCCUCCAUCCUCUUCACCAGUGACCAUCUACACCUCCCGUUUUCCUACUCCACACUGUAAUCUACCUUUUCUUUUUAAACUUUUGUAGCAACAUACUCUUAUUUCCCAUGACUCUCUUUAUGGCUGAUGUUAUGUGUAUUCUAAUCAAUGCAUUCUCCCUUCCUUCACACUGUAUUCCCAUACUGUAUUUAAUCAAUCUACACUAACAAACACCAGGAAAGGUAUACUGUUAUUUUAGAAAACACUGAAACUGUACUUUUUUUGUUCGUCUGUAGUAUUUCUGACAGCAUGCAGAAGUUGCACACUUCUGCAGGUGAACGAGGUCUGACAGGAGAUGCGUCAUCUGGUCCGUGUCACAAACAGACAUGACACUCCUAUCAGUUAAAAACUCAACCCUUCAUAUUUCUUUUCCUAUAAAUCCUCCGCUCUAAAUAUAAUCUUGGGCUGCACAGUGACCAGUCGAAUGGAGGGAGACAUGCUGCCGUACUGUUUGGGUCAGGGUUUGGGUUACUGGUGCAGGUUUGGAUUACCAGUGACGCUUGAUUCAUGGGUCCUACCAAGAAAGUCAUUUUUAAAAAAUGAUACGACUGCACGUGGUGAUCACAUUCAUAUUAAGAAGUGUCAGCAGGCUCAAGUGUACAUGGGCGUGUCCCUGAGUUUUGUUGAUAGAUGAUCUGCAUUGUAGGCUUCCCCAGCACUGCGCUGAUAAAAUGAUGCAUGGAAACAUGCGAUUGAAAAGGCCAGAGCUAUGCCCGACCCCUGGGCAGAGUUUCAUCUGGAGGACGUUGAGACUCAACCCUGCAUUCGUUACAGGUACAAUGCCGUCACAGGAGAGUGGGCUCAGGACCAGGUCCACAUCAAGAUGGCUGCCCAGCCGUUUGGGAGAGGGGCCAUGAGGGAGUGCUUUAGAACGAAGAAGUUAUCGAAUUUCUCACACAGCAGCAAUUGGAAGUCAGCAUCUAAUUAUGUGUCCAAGCGUUACAUGGAGACGGUGGACAGAAAUGUUUACUUUGAGGACGUCAGGCUGCAAAUGGAGGCCAAACUCUGGGGAGAGGAGUACAACCGCCACCGGCCUCCCAAACAGGUGGACAUCAUGCAGAUGUGCGUAAUGGAGAUGGCAGACCGACCCGGUAAACCUCUCUUCCACCUGGAACAUUACAUCGAGGGCAAGUAUUUAAAAUACAACUCCAACUCUGGCUUCGUGAGGGACGACAACAUCCGACUCACUCCACAGGGCUUCAGCCACUUCACUUUUGAGCGAUCGGGCCACCAGCUGAUCGUGGUGGACAUCCAAGGAGUCGGAGAUCUCUACACUGACCCUCAGAUCCACACAGAGAUGGGGACUGACUUCGGAGAUGGAAAUCUAGGUGUGCGAGGCAUGGCGCUGUUCUUCCACUCCCACCUGUGUAACAAGAUCUGCAAGAGUAUGGGCCUGACGCCCUUUGACCUUUCUCCUGCGGAGAAGUCUCAGCUGAACUGCACCAACAAACUGCUUAAGUCAGCCCAGACGAUGCUGAGGGGCUGCGAGGAGCCCUGCGGUUCUCCUCGUGUUCGUACCAUGUCAGGAAGCCGGCCACCGCCGCUGUUUUCCCGUCUGUCUGAGACGUCUUCUGCAGACGAGAGCAUGAGCGACGUGGACUCUGUCCCCUGCUCGCCUCUCAUACUGCCCUGCUCCCCGCUAGCUGCACAUGGAUAUCUGGGAAGGUCCCCCAUCGGCUUAUCUUUUGCUGGAAUGUACGAACGUGAAAGACUCAAUAAUAACAACACAAGUGAACACAAGGAAUCCGAUAGUGGCGGGGACAGCGGCUACCCCAGUGAGAGACGGAGUGAUGGCGAUCCAAAUGACCACGUGGACGGGGCCCAUCAUCGCAGCCAAAGACAAUAUUCUGAGUCGGAUGAGGACAGUGUCAGACUGAGGAAGAUGGUAGCUCCUCCAAGAGUCUCUGUACACCUAAAUUCAUACAAUGCUGACCACGAAUGGCUGACGGAGGAGAAGUGGAGCUUCUACCAUUCGUCCCGCUCUCACGUCCACCGCCCCUCCUGUGUGGCCACCGAGGUGGAGCGACUCGACGCUCUGAUGCAGAAGAAGAUUGGCCAGUCGAUCCUCGGAAAGGUCCACCUGGCGAUGGUGCGGUACCAUGAAGCGGGUCGCUUCUGUGAGAAGGAUGAGCAGUGGGAUCAGGACUCGGCCAUGAUACACCUGGAGAGAGCUGCGCUGUGUGGAGAGCUGGAGGCUAUCGUGGCCUUGGGACAGUGCUGUAUGCAGCUGCCUCAUCACAUACUGCCAGACAUGGAGCUGGAGGAUAACGCAGGAAACAAGAUGAAAGGUUUUAAGUACCUGCUGCUGGCUGCUGAGGCUGGUGACAGAUCUUCCAUGAUCAUAGUGGCCCGAGCCUUUGAUAGUGGCAUCAGUCUGUCAGCUGACAGAAAGCAGGACUGGGAGGAAUCGAUUCACUGGUAUGACAGUGCGUUAAAAAUGACAGACUAUGAUGAGGGGGGAGAGUUCGAUGGGAUGCAGGACGAGCCUCGCUACCUGCUGCUGGCCAGAGCGGCAGACAUGUACCAAGAGGGAGGAUACAACCUCACCGCAGACCCACAGAGAGCAGGUGAUCUGUUCACAGAGGCAGCAGAAGCUGCCAUGGAGGCCAUGAAAGGUCGAUUGGCUAACCAAUACUACAUGAAAGCUGAAGAAGCCUGGGCGCUAAUGGAGGAAUAAUUCUGGACACAUUUUUUAUCACAAUAAGGCUACAGGAGUUCAUUUUUACACGUUCAGAAGGAUACAACCUAAAUGCCUACAGUUUACAUACUUUUUAUUACAGAUUUGCAAAUGGUUCUUUCCGUUCUUCUUUUCCUGGGAGUCAGUCUCUGCUUACAUUUUGAUUAAAUUAAUGUGGUUGUAUGAAAGAGAAGGUCUGAAGGAACAAAACAAAGAAAUUUUUUACUUAUUUUGCCCCAAGUGUUGUGUUGGAAGAAUGCAUGUAAAAAAAAUAGAUUGGAGUAUUAAACUGAUACAUAAAGUUUGCUUUUAUGUAUAAACACUUUUA